GAAGAAAUAGAUUUUUGAGUUUCCUUUAUAUUUUUCUGGAGUUUAGAUGAUGAUUCGUGAAUGAAAUCUAUGAAUUAAAAAUGUCGGAGGCAUUUUCAAGUUUACGAGCUUUAGUGUCCGGAGAUACUAAAGUUGAUGUACCUGUACCAGCCUGUCUAAAUCAUUGUAUUAACCAGGAGGUGUUCAAUUGUAAGAUUUGUGGAGAAGUUUUUGAUAAUAUUCAUAAAUAUAUCACUCAUGGGAAAGGACACAGAGGCUCAAGUACUGUUUGCGGGUUUUGUGGAGGGGUUUGGACCUCUUACUCAGCUCUCUGUAUCCAUCAGUUGGUUUGGGAGAACAAGAAAACUUCAGACCCAAUCACUGGAGGAAAGAAAGUUGUGUGUCCGCUAGCGUGUGGACUAGACUCCGCGACCUUACCGGAGAUUAAAUCCCAUCUAAUGAGCUUUCACGGAGCUGAACCUGACCGAAUAUCUUCUGUUGAAGAGGACGGAAAUGUUAGACUAAAAGUAGAACUAAUUGAGCCAGCAACCUGCCCUAAAUGUGAAACCAAACUUUCUAAAGCUCAGGUCAGGUUGGAUACUCACAUAGCCUUCCAGUGUUUAAAGCGUAGCGGACCCGUUCAACAAAGAGUAGCAGAGAUAGAAAACCAAGGAUAUCAAGCUGGAGAGGAUCCUAUACUCCUACUCCUGCAGGAGAUACAAGCUCUCAUACUACACCUGAAAGGAUUGCUGGAAAAGGGAGAGUAUCGGGAAAAGUAUCUUGAGGAAAGUAUCCAGGCGGAUAAAAAGUACCCAAAACUCCCUCCGUCCUUCUCUAAGGAGUUCCUUACCUGGGUUCCUGUAGGAUACACGCUUCAGGUUUUGAUCUCAGAGGAAGAGAACUUUCUAGUAAUGUUUGAUAUAUGGAGUCAAGUUGUAGAUAAACUCUCAGGACCAGACAAUCUACAGGAUGUCACCUUGAAGCUAGAGAAAGAACUCAGCCAAAAUGUUAACUCAGGAUUUCUUCCUAGGUGGGGUAGUUUAAUGUUUGAUCCUGCCAUGCUGGACCCCCCGGAGCAAGACGUCCUCUCUAGACUAGAACGAGAACUGGGAUGGGUUAAAUAAACCUCUGAGCUCCCUGUAUUAAACUGCGUACUAGGAUAAAGUGUAACCCGACUCUUCCCUGAACCUCUGGGUUUGCAGCAACAUUUAAACGAAUCUCAGAUGGAUUUGUACUUGGUAACUGGACGAUCUAUUAACCUCAGUCAUUUUUAAAACCUUUUAUACUUUUAUACUUUUUUAUGUCAGUUUUAGCGUUUUUGUUUUGUAUGAUGGAUUGUCGUCCAUGUCUAUUUGCACCCUGUUGGCCAUGAGCAGUUGCUAUUGGAAUUUUGAAAUUUGAUCGGAGGAGAGAGAAGAGGUUUCCGACUAAUGUACCCCCCUCCCCCCUCCCCCAUUGUUCCACCCCGCAGUAGAACCUAGUCUAGUUCAAGUUCAAGGAUAAAGUUUCACUCACUUUAAAUUCAAAUCCUCAGCUCAGAUUGUAAUUAAUAAUUUUCUCCAUCUUAUCGUCGUGCAUAUUUUGAAUUGUUGAAUAAAGGGACUGUCACCGGAUUUCUAAGUGACCCAACACAAACAUUCAUGAUUCACAAUCGUGUCAUUAAGAAAUUGUUGUACUUAAAUGGAAAGGCUCGUCUAAUGUUAAAGAAAUCCGCAAGUCAUGUUCUGAAAAUCCGCGGCACAGAAAUAUGAAUUUUCUUAUUUGAUAAAACGAAAAUAUCCCCUGAAUAACUUGUUUAAAGGGCAUCGUUGGAGAAUUUUAAGUAAUCGUAGUUUAUGUUGAUAGUCUCGUUUAAGUUUUGUAUCUCUCAGCUUUGUGAUUGUUUCA